AUGGCUGUACGUGCGACCGACUAUAACGCCUAUGAGGUAACGUAUGCAGCCUCUGGUCUGUGACUUGAAUCGACACAGCAGAUGAUAUGACGUUCAGAAAGUUACGUCGCACUGAUAUGCUGCCAAUAGGCGCUUCGUAGGUGAAAAUAUUUUGUCCGUGAGUGAUCAGUGAAUGCAUGAAAGAAUGAAUAUGAAUAUGCUUGUUCUUAAUUCUGAUCGCUUGUGGCUUUCUGAUGAUUAUGCUGGUUCAUUACACGUGAAUGUAUCUAUUGCGUGGUGUAAUAAUCACAUUGAAUUGAAAAACACAAGGAAGUGGCUGGGGGCGAUGUGCUGUGUCAGAUCUGUCACAGGAAAGACUAAAUCAUAAGAAAUAAUGAAAGUUGUUGUCACGUUAAAAUUCGAUCUGUGCGCGCUAUCGACAAAGACUAUUUGAGCGCACAAGAUUUCUCAUUCAUGAACCUAUGUUAGUGUUUAAACAUUAACUUUUAUUUAUGCCUGUCGAAUCGUGUGCCUGAGAUAUUAGUUAAUGGCUUUGAGCAUUUAUUAAAGCACUAAAGCCGAUACAACUAAGGAUGUAACAUGAGAAAACUACGUUGCUCACGCACUAGAUAGAUUUUUGGGCAACGGCUCUGGGAUUUUGAAUAUAACAGGUUUCGAGGCCUACAAAAGACCUGUAUUAGGGUACAUGGACUCGUGCAUAAGUUGUCUAACGUUUUCAAUUUGAAAAUGAUAAGUAAAAAUUCGUAGAUCCUCUUAACAAAAAAAUCCAGAGCUUUUUCUCAAAACGGAGACUUUUGGCACUUUUUGGGUAUUCGCAAUGUUUCCGAUUUUUCUCAAUGAAGAAAGGGUUUGUCGAUGCUAAAAAGGUGAUAUUCGUAACCAGUGUCGUCUGGCGAUUCAGAAUAUGUAUAAUAUAUCCAAAAAUAAAUUUCACUUUAAGUUUGCAUUACGUACAUCUUACUAAAGUCAUAUUUUUCGAAAAAACCGUCUAUUGCAGUUUUCUUAACCCGAACAAUAGAAUAAACAUUGUCACAGUAAUCAGCGCGUUCGAUAGCCCAUGUACCAUGGGUUUUUGAGGUUCCUAGAGCUCAGCGUUGGCCGAUAGGUACGUCCUCGGAGAUUCCCUGUAGUAUCCGAACCAUGGUAGAUGGAAGUGUGGGACUUGCGCCACGUUGUAGAGCGACAUCUUCUCUAUACUGGCAUGCAUUUAAUGCAAUAAUUCUCUAUGUGUAUUUCUGGAAUGACAGGUUCGGACUUUUUUACUUCGAAAAGUGCACCGUGGUAGCCCUAUCCGAGAAGACUCCUUUUGCCAUAGGAUUAUGCCCUCGGUCGUGCUCUUUCAUAAUCUGAAAAUCGCUGCUCUCUAGCUCAUUCCGUUCUUAUUAUUAGUUAUUCGAAAAAAUAUCCGAGUCCACUAAAUUUUUGGACGGACAAUAGUAUUAACGUUAAUAGUAAGUUCAUAUUUAUAGUUCAUUAGUGAUAAAUAGAUAAUGAUUCAUCAUCAGCUGACUUUGAAGGCUCUGUAUAUGUGUGUGGAUGAACGAUAUCAUCCCUAUCAUUAAUCAUUUAAAGAAAACUAGACAAUAUAGAGUAAUAUGUUAUCAUAAUACAAAAAAAGUAAAUCUUUUGUUUCUUUACAAGCAAUUUCUUGAUGAGAUAUGGGUAGGGGGGGGGGGGACACAAAACCGGGUUUUAGGUGGGGGGGUGGUGGCGCCCCCCCCCCCCCCCCGUUUUAGGGGGGCCCCCCCGGGGCCCCAAAAGAGUGGUGGUGUUUUGGGGG